AUGCGUCGUUUCUUUUCUUACUACUUGAUACCCCUUUCGAUUCUAUUUUGGAAUGUUGCUGUUGCUGUUGCUGCUACCUCAGAUUAUUACGAACAAUUAAUUCUAAAGCCUUUACCACAAUCGAACCUCCUUGCAAGCUUCAAUUUUAGAUCCAAUACGAGCCUGUCGCAAUUCGAAGCGCACAACUUUCGAUACUUCCCUCGAUCAUUGGGGCAGAUAUUACAACAUGUCGGAACGAGAGAGCUACAUUUGAGGUUCAGCCUAGGAAGAUGGGACGCAGAGAGCUGGGGAGCGAGGCCGUGGGAUGGCACCAAAGAAGGCGGAACUGGUGUUGAAUUAUGGGCAUGGUUGGAGGCGGAGACCGAUGAAGAGGCUAGCCACAAAUGGUUGACUCUCACGAAUGCCCUAUCCGGUCUCUUUUGCGCGUCUCUAAACUUCAUCGACGAAACCAGGACUACUCGACCUGUCAUGUCCUUCCAACCCGAAGGAAACCACCCGGACUCUACACUUGCGAACAUGCAACUAUUACACGGUGUACUACCGAGAGAAGUAGUCUGUACGGAAAACUUGACGCCGUUUUUGAAGUUAUUGCCAUGCAAGGGGAAAGCAGGUAUCUCAAGUCUGCUUGAUGGUCAUAAACUCUUCGAUGCAUCAUGGCAGAGUAUGGCAAUUGAUAUUCGACCCAUACGUCCAGAUGGUGAGGAAUGUGUUCUACAGAUUGAGCAGACAAUUGAUAUGGUCUUGGACAUCGAAAGGUCAAAACGACCAAGGGAAAACCCCAUUCCUCGACCACCACCAGGCCAUGAUCUAAAGUGCAAUUCUUCGAAGCCCUACCAUUCUGGCGACAUAUGCUUCCCUACAGAUUAUGCCGAGGCCCAAGAAUGGGCUCUAGAUCAAGUCUUCGGGAAGUCAAUUAAGGGAGCAUGUCCAUUAACUGACCCAAAUGUUCCUCCCGUUUGUGUUCAGGCUCCGAGUAGUAGGCCUCUUUACACGACGGCUGGUGCAAUCGAGAUUAAGGAACCGAAUGGAUUCUCGCGAUGUUACCAAGUUCCGUCAGACGCCGAUUUCUCCAUGAUUCUCCCCCGAGAGGCACAGGAGGGUGAGCAUAUAAGGCCAGAAGCCGACGAGAUCUUAAAACCAGAAACUCCAUUGUUAUAUGCGGAGCGUACAUUCACAGGCCAUGGAUAUGAGCGAGGCGGAGUGAGGACCAUUCUUACCAACCCAAGCCCAGAUACUGAGGUUGAAUUCGUAUAUAUGGAGAGUUUACCAUGGUUUAUGCGAAUUUACCUUCAUACACUGAAGACUCAAAUUGACGGAGUGCCGGGGUUGAAAAAUAACCUAAUUGAAGAGGUUUAUUACCGACCGGCCUUGGACCGUGUUCGUGGAACACAACUAGAAUUACGGAUGCGCAUCCCACCCGCCAGCACCGUUUUUCUUACAUACGAUUUUGAAAAAUCCAUUCUGCGUUACACAGAGUACCCACCAGAUGCGAACCGCGGCUUUGAUAUCGCAGCAGCUGUUAUCACUAUCUUACCCUCCGAAUCCCCCAACGCACCAUUAGCACGACAAAAGACAUCUAACCUACGAACCACAACCCUGCUUCUUAGCUUGCCGACUCCUGAUUUCAGUAUGCCGUAUAACGUGAUCAUAUUCACCAGUACAGUCAUCGCACUCGCGUUUGGAGGCCUGUACAAUAUUCUGAUUCGGCGAUUCGUCGGAGCUGACGAGGGCCCCGAGGUUAUCGGCGGCUUAAAGGGAAGAAUUAUCGCAGGCGUUGCGAAAUUAGUAGGGAAGAUAAAAGGGGCCAAGGGAAAGGGAAAGGUAGAUUAG